GAGACGAGUGAUACUUUACCCCGGAACGAGUCCCGAACCCGAAGCGCCCGGAGCUCAUGAAUGGAGCGUGUAAAGCCCAGACGCGGAUCUGACUGCGAGUCGGGUUUGCUCUUGGGAGGCGCCGUUGAUCCCUACCGCGUAUGUUGGCGAAUCUGGGGCUGACGGCGCCCCGAAAACAUCUGCGCUCCUUUCUCACAUUUUCUCAAAACCCGUCUUUCCUGCAGCCAGUCGUUUUCUGUUUAUGGGGCACCAUCCUCUCUUUUUUUUUUUAUGAAAAAAAAGAGAGUUUUUAGUUAUUUCUAAGCACUUUUCUGAUGUGGGUUAGUUUGAGGACUUCCAAGCGCUGCAGAGGGCAACAGGGACAGAAACUGAGGUUAGCAGACGAGGAGAAUUGCAUAUUCACAGAAUUUGGGAGCAUGGCUACCAACAAUGGAAACAAGGACUUUACAAGUCUGAGCAAUGGCAGCAUUCCAGUCAAGGGAACAAGUUCUGAUCUUGUCACAACCAACGAUGGCCCUGUUGCAGCCCCAAACUCCUCAUCUAAGGAAACAGAGAGAAGAAAAACAAGUAUAAAUGGGUGCCUUCAGCUUAACGGCAUGCUGAAAGUGCCAUUCCUGCCAGUAGAUGACCAAAGAACUCCACAUGUUUUGUCGCAGUGUUGUCAUCCUUGCCCGUAUCAUCAUCCCCUGAAUCAUCACAGUAAUCAAGAAUGUCUUUCCCUGGCUGGCAGUGCAGCAUCAUCUGCAUUGACUGCCUGCUGCCCAAAACCUCAUACUGAAUAUUCUGCCUCUGCUUGCCAAAAACAUGCACCCUUGUAUCAAACUGCCUGCUGCCUUCAGUCCUCACCCUCGUUCUGUCCACAUCAUCAGUGGCCCGAACAUUUUCAGCAUCAGCCUGUGCAGCAGCACGUGGCCUGUAUGCGGCCAGCCAGAACACUAACAUUGCCAAAAAGCUAUGCAGCUCUCAUAGCUGAUUGGCCUGUGGUGGUUUUAGGCAUGUGUACUGUAUUAAUUGUGGUGUGUGCACUGAUUGGAAUACUUGUCCCAGAUCUUCCAGACUUCUCUGAUCCGUUGCUGGGUUUUGAGCCUAGAGGGACUGCUAUAGGGCAGAGACUGGUUACCUGGAAUAAUAUGGUGAAAAACACAGGCUACAAAGCAACUUUAGCCAACUAUCCUUUUAAAUAUGCAGAUGAACAAGCUAAAAGUCAUCAAGAUAACAGGUGGUCAGAUGACCAUUAUGAAAGAGAAAAAAGGGACACCGACUGGAAUUUUCACAAGGACAGCUUUUUCUGUGAUAUUCCAAGUGAUCGCUAUUCACGAGUGGUGUUUACAUCGGCCGAUGGAGAGAACAUGUGGAAUUUACCUGCAAUAAAAUCAAUGUGCAAUAUGGAUAACUUGAGGAUACGCUCCCAUUUUCAGUUUGGUGAUCUCUGCCAGAGGACAACUGCUGCUUCAUGCUGUCCCAGCUGGACACUAGGCAAUUAUAUUGCUAUUCUGAACAACAGAUCUUCCUGUCAAAAAAUUGUAGAGCGAGAUGUUUCUCACACUCUGAAGCUGCUCCGUACGUGUGCCAAAUACUAUUAUAAUGGGACCCUGGGACCAGAUUGCUGGGAUAUGGCAGCCAGGAGAAAGGACCAACUCAAGUGUACAAAUGUGCCUCGUAAAUGUACAAAGUACAAUGCAGUUUACCAGAUUCUCCACUACCUGGUGGACAAAGAUUUUCUAAGUCCAAAGCCCGUGGACUAUGACAUGCCAGCUUUAAAGUACAGCAUGCUCUUUUCUCCCACUGAAAAAGGGGAGAGCAUGAUGAAUAUAUAUUUGGAUAACUUUGAAAACUGGAACUCGUCCGAUGGAAUCACCACCAUCACUGGAAUUGAGUUUGGAAUCAAGCAUAGCUUAUUCCAAGAUUAUCUUCUAAUGGAUACUGUGUAUCCAGCUAUAGCCAUUGUGAUUGUUCUUUUAGUCAUGUGCGUAUACACAAAGUCCAUGUUUAUCACACUAAUGACCAUGUUUGCAAUAAUUAGUUCCUUGAUUGUUUCCUACUUCCUUUAUCGGGUAGUAUUUAAUUUUGAAUUUUUCCCGUUUAUGAACCUCACUGCACUGAUUAUUCUUGUUGGGAUUGGAGCAGAUGAUGCUUUUGUCUUGUGUGAUGUGUGGAACUACACAAAAUUUGAUAAGUCUCAUGCUGCAACUUCGGAGACAGUCAGCAUCACCUUGCAACAUGCUGCCCUUUCUAUGUUUGUUACCAGUUUUACCACCGCUGCUGCCUUCUACGCCAAUUAUGUCAGCAAUAUUACAGCAAUCAGGUGUUUUGGUGUGUAUGCUGGCACUGCCAUAUUGGUGAAUUAUGUUCUAAUGGUUACCUGGUUACCUGCAGUUGUUGUGUUACACGAACGGUACCUACUCAAUAUAUUCAAUUGCUUCAGGAAGCCUCAGGCAAGGGGCUACAGUAACAAAAACUGCUGGACAGUGCUGUGCCAAAUGUUCCAUAAGGUUAUUUUUGCCACCUCCGAAGCAUCUAGGAUAUUCUUUGAAAAAGUGUUGCCAUGCAUAGUAAUCAAGUUUCGCUAUUUUUGGCUGGUCUGUUUCUUAGCCUUAACAGUUGGGGGUGCCUAUAUCGUGUGUGUGAAUCCAAAGAUGAAGCUCCCCUCCUUGGAACUCUCGGAAUUUCAAGUGUUCAGGCCUUCUCAUCCUUUUGAACGCUAUGAUGCUGAGUUCAAAAAGCUUUUUAUGUUUGAACGUGUCCAUCAUGGGGAGGAGCUUCAUAUGCCUAUCACCAUUAUUUGGGGGGUCUCUCCUGAAGAUAAUGGGGACCCCCUAAAUCCUAAGAGUAAAGGCAAGCUGAAACUUGAUGGUGCCUUCAAUAUUGCCAGCCCAGAUUCACAGCUAUGGAUUUUGAAGUUUUGUCAGAAACUAAGGAAUCAAACCUUUUUUUAUCAAACAGAGGAGCAAGACUUCACAAGCUGCUUUAUUGAGACAUUUAAGCAGUGGAUGGAGAAUCAGGACUGCGAUGAGCCGGCUCUUUAUCCAUGCUGCAGCCACUGGAGCUUUCCCUAUAAACAGGAAGUUUUUGAGUUAUGCAUCAAACGAGCCAUCAUGGAGCUUGAAAGAAGCACAGGGUACUACUUAGAUAGCAAAACUCCUGGACCUCGCUUUGACAUAAAUGAUACCAUUCGAGCAGUGGUACUGGAGUUCCAAAGCACCUACCUCUUCACCUUGGCAUAUGAGAAAAUGCACCACUUCUACAGAGAGGUGGACUCCUGGAUUUCUAAUGAGCUUAGUACUGCUCCUGAGGGUCUAAGCAGUGGCUGGUUUGUCAGCAAUCUAGAGUUCUAUGACCUCCAGGACAGUCUCUCGGAUGGGACUUUGAUUGCCAUGGGCCUUUCUGUUGCUGUUGCAUUCAGUGUAAUGCUGCUUACAACUUGGAAUAUAAUAAUAAGCCUUUAUGCGAUAGUCUCAAUAGCAGGAACCAUUUUUGUCACUGUUGGUUCUCUGGUUCUUCUAGGUUGGGAGCUAAACGUGUUGGAGUCUGUCACCAUUUCUGUUGCAGUUGGCCUUUCAGUUGACUUUGCUGUCCAUUACGGAGUUGCUUACCGCUUGGCUCCUGAUCCUGACCGAGAAGGAAGAGUCAUCUUCUCCCUAAGCCGCAUGGGCUCAGCCAUUGCUAUGGCUGCCCUGACCACAUUUGUAGCUGGAGCAAUGAUGAUGCCUUCCACGGUUUUAGCAUACACACAGCUUGGUACCUUCAUGAUGCUUAUAAUGUGCAUUAGUUGGGCAUUUGCAACCUUCUUUUUCCAGUGUAUGUGCCGUUGUCUUGGACCUCAAGGUACUUUUGGUCAGAUUCCUCUGCCAAAAGGAUUCCAGUGUAGCGCCUUUUCCCAGGCAUUGUCUGGAAACAAAAGAAAUGGGGAACAAAACAAAACACAUCUUGUCAAUAAGUAUCAGUUGGACCUUAGAGGUUCAAAACCAGAUACAGAACAUGAGCACGAGCACUAUGAGUUAGAACCUUUAGCUUGCCAUACCAAUAAUGGCAUUGUCUCUGAAAAGAGAACCUUGGAAGAGACCCAUACCUGCUCUGAGCUUUUCAAUGGUAGGCUUGCAAACGCACAGAGUGAGCUUAGUUCAGCUGCAACAUCUUCCGGUGAGCAGGGUGCCUCUUGCCAGGGGUUGUGCCAAAAUCAGCAGAUCCUUUGCUCAGAUGCACACAAGCCUGUGGGCAUGAAAUGGAGUCCUCACUCAUGUCAGCCAUUAACUGAAAAUGUCUGCCAUUGCUGCUCUCCUUCCUCUGGAAACAUGCACAUCCAAGGUUCUCUCGUCCCCAUAAAUAUCCUGCAUCAUCCUUCUGAUGGUUAUGUGAAUACUCUCCAGCAUGUUCUCCAUUGUAACUGCCUACAAGGCAGGUUAAAAAGACUCCCAAUUCAGAAUUCCCUCCCCAGAAAUGUUUUUUUCCACUCAGUUCAACAUUUUCAACCCCACAGUCUUCCGAACACAGAAGACAAUUUGAGAACCCUUCCCAAGGAGGCCAAUUCUUCCCCGUUUCUCUGCAAAAGUGCUGGCUCGCUCAUGCAACCUUGUUGUGAAAUGGAGAAGAGCAUGACUAAUAAUCAAAAGGGCUGCUGUAAUCACUACAGAGAUAAAUGGGAUGUAAACAUCUCGGAAGUAAAUGGAAAUGAAAGUGGGGUUUCUGCACCAAGGCAAAGCAAGGAGGCUAAAGAAGAGGGUACCCAGGACUUACCACAAACUGCCCCAGGUCUGAAAGUUAACCAGAAUGAAUGGAAAGGUAUAGAAAGUAAUUCAGCAAUAGAAGCUGAUCAUGGAUCUUGCCCUGAAAAUUCACAGUAUUGUAACCGAACUGUAACAACCAAGUGCAAUUCUGUUGAAUGUCAUAUGCCAAACACUGAAGCCCAUGUGCCUACUCUUUUAGCACAUUCAGAACUUUCCAAUGAAAGUUUGCUAAUAAAAACACUAUAAUUAAUCUUAUGCUUGGUGGUUCUGUCUUCCUUUUUUUUAAAAAAAGCCUUCUCAAAUACUCAAACAGAAGAACCUAGAGAAAAGUGAAUAUUUUGUACGUUCUAUUAACAUCUCUGAAGCUGAUUAUGCAUUGCUCUCAGGAAUGUCCAAUGUUGCUUAAUUUCAGAUCUUGUGUGGAUGCCAAAAGCAUUUAAAUUGUUAUUUCUUCACCAAGGUAAAAAAAUAAAACAUUUUAAGCAGCUUUUCUCUGGGACUUCAGGAAGAAAACAGUAGUAUUUGAGGUAACGAAUAUACAUUCUCACUGAAAUAUUACCACCCUAACAUUGUCUGUCUUAAUUAUUUAGGAUCAGAUAGAAACUUCUAAAGGAUCAGGAAGUGUAACAAAAAGUGGACUAAACAUUUUUUCUGACGUUACCAUCAAAAUAGUUUUUGGCACCAUACGAAGCAAUUUAUCCAGUCUGCUUUCUGUUUUCCAGAUUGUUUUACUUUUUUUAUUCCUAUAUAAAAAUAUUACUUUCAAUAUGGCAUCCAAAUACAAUAACUGUUACUUUGAUGUCAGUGUUGUACAAAGUUAAGGAAAGGACCCAUAAUCAGAAACACGAAUUUUAUAAAAAGUAUAUGUCACUUCAUUAAUUCAUAACUCUUAAAAUGACAGUAUGCCUGCAGUGCCCAUUAAUUCAG